GGCCUGCAUCCAUCGAUCGUAGUCUGCAGCGACCCGCCGAGAGAGAAUGUCGGCCACAAAUCCCUCCACAUCCCAGCGGAGCAGUGUCUCGUUGCGCUCGAGCAUGAAACGGCCGAGCCCACUCGAGCACGAGUCUCCAGAGUCGUCGCCGCGCAGACAGGCUUCGGUCUCCUUCGUUGACGAUGCCGCUCACCAGCGACAGCCUUCAGAGUCGAGCUUUGACGACAGAGAGCUCGACGGCUCGGUGACCUCGACCUCCACCACGACCCACUCGGCUCUGCCACCACCCAGGCAGCUGUCGUUCUCAGAGUCGCUUGCUGUGCUUGGUGGCGACUACAUCCUGGCGGGCAUCAAGGAUGCAUUGCUGUUUCCAUCCGCGCUUAUUGUGAUAUACAGCUCGAGAACGAUCCAAGUUGCGAUUGUCAAGUGCCUGGUUCUGAACGGAAUCCUGCUCUUGGGAUCGAUAGCCCUCUUCCAUCUCUUUGUUUCGCCCGUCAUCAAGGCCCUGCUGGACUCGCCCGGCAGCAUAUCUAGCCCAGCCUCGGCAGCCGAUGCACUUCCGGCAAGCGAGCGCUUUGGUGCUGUUUUGAUGACGAUAUACCAUAUCUUCUUGCUAUACCCUAUCUACCUCGUAAGCUUUGUCCUCAGCACCUUUUGGUAUCAAGAAAUAGCAAACCGUUCGUUCCGGCUCCAGGUCGGCACGCCCCGCCCGAUGGCCAAGACGUACGAAAGUCUUCUGAAGAUGGUCGCCGGCGAGGUCUAUCACGCGAUCCUCAUCCUGAUUGUCAGCAUCCAGACCUCGCUUGUCUACAACCUGAUCCCUGUGCUGGGCCCUUCCUUGAGCUUUGUAUGCUCGGCAUGGAUGUUCAGCUUUUUCUCGUUCGAGUACAAGUGGAUCUAUCAAGGCUGGCCGCUGGAGAAGCGCAUCGACUAUCUCGAGAAGCGCUGGGCUUACUUUCUGGGAUUCGGCCUCCCCGGUGCGGCCGCGACGUUUUUCUUUCCGACGAUGACCAGCCAGGGUGUCUUUGCAAUCAUAUUUCCACUGUACAUCAUUAUGGCCAACACGGCAACGCCGCUGCCUCCAAGCCGGUCGAAUGUGGCCCUCCACUGGCUCCUGCCGAAGCGGGCUCCGUUCUUCCGGCUCGCAACGCAUCUGAACCAGCUCUGGAUCAACCGGCUGAAGAAAGGUCGAUGAACACCAGGCGACGGCCGAAAUGCGAGAGACAUGGCGACAGACCAGCCGCACUGAGUGGCGGCCCAGUGGUAGACCGCUCCCGAGCCAGAUCUCUCAAUACAUUGCGCAUGCCCUUGCGCCAAAUGUUCAUCCCA